AUGAAGAAAAUUUCUCUUUUUGCUAAUAGUUUUUGGCUCUUGAACUCUUGGCACAACUAUGCUUCGUUUGGGGAUAGGUUUGCUCUUUGGGGAACAAGAAAUCAAGUGAUGAAAGCUGGAGUAGAUACGAUUACAGUGUCGUGGGGAUUGAACCAAAGUUCAACUACUGGCACAGAUGCUGAAUUUAAGAAGAUCAAGGUGCAGCUAUGUUUUGCUCCAAUCCUCAUCGUUGAGACAGAGGAGGAACUUCUUAAAGACAAAACUUGCCAAUUCCUCAUCGUUGCAAAGCCCUACAUAGCUGGUGAAGAGAACUUCACGUGGACAAUCAAAAGAAACAUUCCUUCUGCUACAUAUUUCGUGAGAGCAUAUGCCUUCAGUUCCGAAGAUCAUGAAGUUGCCUUCGGUCAAAGCACAGACGCCAACUUGUUCACAAUUCAAGCCAUUACUGGAAGACAUGCUUCGAUCGACAUUUGUGCUGGCGUCUUCUCUGCUUUCUGCGUGGUUACUUUGUUUGUGUUCUUCUUCUUGGAGAAGAGGAAGAAGGCUUAA